GGCAGGCCUGCACAGCUGGGGCAUACUUUGCUCGGAGCCUCUCUGUCUGCACAGAUGUUCCCGUGGCCUACAUCGCCAUGGUUUGUGGCCAGCUCUGCUCUUGAUGCAUCAUUUAUGGGCUACCCAGAUUCCAGGGCCACAUGGCAGCCCGCCUGUCUCCCAGCCAGAGCCCCAGCUGUCUGGGGGCAUUUCUGACAACCGUAUUGCCACAAGCAAGCCAGCUUUGCACUGUCGCUUAGAGUGCUUGCGACGGCUCCUCUAGCACCCACCCCACUCUUUUUGUUUAUUUCAGCACUCACUCAUUUAUUUCUUUUCAAUCUGUGAACCUUGGUCAAGUGGCAUCUAGCAAUGUCUCAAUGUUUUCUACCCCGAUGCUGGGGCCAGGAUGCCAUCCAGCUCAUAGUGUUUAUCGAAUACCUGUUACCUGCCAGGUGUGGUGUUAUGUGCUUUACAUAAUUAUUUCAUUCCAUCCUCACAACAACCCUCUGAGGAAUGCAGAACCCUCCUCACUUUUAGAGAUGAGGAAAUCAAGGUCAGCAGAGGCUGUAACUUAGGUCUGGCCACACAGCUGGUAGUACAGCGGCAGAGUGAGGCUUCUCAGAAACCCAGAGCAGCUGGCUCUAUAGGAAUCAGAUAAACAGGUGAACAAAUAAACAUGUUCACAGUCUCAUGGCUGCUGGUGGUGGCACUGGUCACUGCCUGGAGAUGGUCCCUGUCUGGGUCCUUUGGUGGGUGCUCCCAAGGCCACCCCAUGGUUGGGGAGAAAGCAAGGUACAUUACAUAACUGAAGUCAAACUCUAACAUGUGCAUAAGUUCAUUUGUCCAACUAGUAGCUCUUUUUUUUUUUUUUUCCUCAGCCGUAUAAGCAUCACCUAGUUUGAUUCAAGCCACUGGGAACCAGGUACUCAAAGGCCUCCUGGGAGAGCUUGAAAAAUCCUGGGCCUGGCCUUGCUCAGUGGAGUGGAGGCCACAGAGCCUCCCAGUUGUUGAAUCUCCCAUGUUGGAACCCCACGGCCUGCAGGAAGUGACCAGGAGAACUCAGUGGUCACGUUCAUGAAAAGCAAAGCUGGCCUCUCUCCUGGUCCCAGUAAAAGUGCUCUUACAGCGCAGAGGUGGCUGGUGGGGGGGGGCCCUUGGAGAGUAGGGCUUGGAGGUGGGGGCAGUGGGGAAGGUGCUGGCCCACUGCUCCCUGACCCGCGGGCUCACCGUGCGGCUUCCUGGCACCACACUCCCCUGCCUCCUUGCACUAUGCUAUGUCCAAGUGUUUAUUUUCAGAAAAACGAUCCCUGUAAGAUGCACCUGAGUCCGUAAAGUAGGCAGACAGGGGAAGCGAAGGGAGAACUGGAAACUGGGGUACAGGAACAUGCCUGGAGCUCACUGGUGGUUCCCAAAAGGGAGAACUGAUGAUGUCUGGUUGGUCUUCAACAAACAGGUGUCUAAUUUCCCUUUGGUGCCGGAGAGGGUGACCCCCAUGGGUAGCUUCGAGCCUUUUUGAGAUGCCAAUAAGAGCUAUGGACACUCUUGUAGAAAAAGGAGUACACAUACCUAGUUUCAGGGGCGCUAAAGGCCCCCUUGCUCCGUCUGGCUUUAGAAACUUUGCAUUUGAAAGAAGAAAAGGGGUUGUCACCUGUCAUGUAAAAUGAACCACAUCAAGGGCAUCCAACACUGUCAACUUGUUGUCUUUUAAAUAUUUGUCUGGUUUAAUGAAAUUAUGACAUUUACCAUUAAAAAUAACCCCAAGAAUACCAGUACUUUCCAUGUGUCUAUCAAUUCUUUAUCUGUUUGACAGAACAAAAGGUGCUUGGAAAAAUAAUUCUAUACCCCACAAACAUAAAGAACGUGAAAAGCCAGAAAAAGGUCUCUUUUGUGUGUAGGUGGGAUUACUGCGGAGUGAGACAAACUUCUUUUAACAUCAUGAAAGAGGUUUUCACCUUCAUGAAAUUUUUAAAAAUUGUUCCAGAAACCUCCCCGGUAUUGCUGCUAAAAUUAUCAUAAAGAACUACUACUACUUACUGCUGUGCCGAGAUAUUUACAUGCACGGUUGAGAUUCUUCUAAGCUCCCAUAAGUAACUUGAGGCUCAGGGGUUGACUCACCCAAGCCAGGAUUUGAACAUGGAACUUCCUGAAAUCCCCCAUGAAGCCUGUCCUGUCCUAGUCCUGCCUUUGGUGUUUUUUUUAAUCAACAUGUAAUAAUUGUAUGUAUUUAAGGGGUACAGAGUGAUAUUUUGAUACAUGGAUCCAAUGGGUAAUGAUCAAUUCGGGGUCAUUAACAUAUCCAUCACCUCAAACAUCUGUCAUUUCCGUGUGUUGGGAACAUUCAAAAUCCUCUCUUCUAGCUGUUUGAAAAUAUACACUCAAUUAUUGUUAAGUAGCCUUUGGUAUUUUUUAAUCAAAUGAAGUUGCUUGUGAGGCUUUCAGGCAGCAGGAGGCAGCCAGGAAGCAGAGCCUGUGGCCUGGCCUCAGGUCUAGGAGCUGGGCCUUGGAUUGAAGGGGAGCCAGGGCUGCUGGGGGCGGGGGACCCUGCAGAGAGAGCAGGGACUGACCCUUGCAGGGGCGUUGGCUUGGCAGCAGCCUCCCUCCCACAACUGCCUCCUCUUUUGGGAGGCUCCUGCGGUCAACUCUGGCCUGAGAUCAGGGCAGUGGGCGGGCCUGUGGGAAUGCCGGCUGUGUGAGCGCACCUGUGCCGUCCUCCCAGCUGUGUGCCUCACAACAGGGCUGCUGUCAGCAAUGGCCAAGUGUUGCACACCACCCACCCACUCUCCAUGGCUCUGUCACAUCUGCUGGCACCCCCAUCUGGGUUGAACUGCUUUAUUUAUUUUUAUUUAAAAAGGGACACCAGAAUUCUUUAUGUCUGGGAAUGAGCCAAACUGGCCCAGUGUUGAGUGCAGAAAUAUUCCAUCUUCCUUCUGUGCCCAGAAUUAUUUUUGUUUUCUUCGAUACCCAACCUAGAUACGGCUACAGCAAGGAAAUUGUUUGAUUUUCAAAACCAAACUCCUUUCCUGUUUAUCUGUGUUGAAAAAAAAAAAUCCACCAUCGUUGAUCAUGAGGCCAGUUUAUCUCUGUGGGUGGUGUUCAAUCCGUUUGCUUUUUCAUCUGGUGCCUGCUCCUGAUAUUGUACCAGAGGAAGCAGCCAUUAUAUUUUGGAGCCAAGAGGGGCUAAUUGAUACUGUUCUUGUAAUUAAUGCUAGUCCUGACUCAGGAGGGACCUGGUGGUGGAAAGCCUUUGAGACCUUUGACCUCAGCACCAUCUGAGUGGGAAUCCCAGCCUAAUCACUUAGGAGUUAGGGGCCACAGGGAGCCUCACAGGGCUUCAUUGUCCACCAUGUGAAGUGCUGUGGGCCAGGCCCCCAGCUGUGGGCAGUCACAGUGGGUGCACAGGCACGGGGUGCUGGGGGCCCUUCCUGAUGCUCUGUUCAUCUCAUGUGCUCACUGGCUUGCUGUGAGUCUUUGUCCACCAAGAUAGAAGCUCAUGAGGGCAGGGGCUCCUUCCGGUGUUGUUCAUUGCACUAUCUCCAGAGUGUGGCCUGGCACAGAAGGAGAUACUCAAGCGUUUGUUGAAUAAAGGAAUGAAUAAGUGAAUGAAUGGAUAGCAGGGAAUAUUUUGGAUGGCAGCCUUUUCAAAGGACGUUCCUUUCAUGAUCAAGGCAAGGUGAUUGCCUUAGAACAGAUGCCUGCGGACCAGAAGGGAGUAUCCAGGUUUUAGGAGAAUACUGCACCCUAGGGCUAUGAGGUUUGGGGCAGCAGAAGGUGGAAGGUGCUGGAAGGAGGCUGAGUAAAAGGACAUAGCUCCUGAACAUGUGCAGGUCCCCAGAGCAAGAGUUCAAAUGGGGCCUACGUGGUAAAGAUCUUCAUAUUUAAAAAAUGACACAUUUUGCUUAUACAUUGUUGAGUAAAAUGGUUUCUCUCCUACUACCUUGACCUCGAUGGCUAGGUUCGAAUUUGGAAUUCAGACUCCUUGAGACUUUGGGCCAGCAGAAGGCCUUGGAGAAAGCUUCUUCCAGCCCCUGCUGCCCUCGGCCUCUCCUCCCCCUCUCACAUCUCCUCUCCUCCCUCCCUGGGCUGCCCUCGGCCUCUCCUCCCCCUCUCACAUCUCCUCUCUUCCCUCCCUGAACUUCAUUCUUCCCUGCCAGGGUGCUCCACCCACAGGGGUGGACCUUGGGCCUCCCCAGGUUCUGGGAUGUCCAGGGGAUCAGACUUGGGUGCUGGAAGUAGGUUUGGUGACAUCUGGGCUAGGAAUUCUGGGGGCUUGGGUACAAGGCGUGGGUGGGGUCAGGUCUCCCUAGGAGGGCUUGCGCCCUGCCCCAUUGACUCUUCUGUCCCUCUCUUCGUGAUAGGAGUGCUGGACCCAGGACAGGGGCUCCCUGGUCCCAUCAAAGGGCUAUGCUGGUUCAGGGAAUACCCUUCCCCUUAUGGGCUGUGACAAACAAAAUCAUCUUAAGGGGAAGCCCCUCGUCAUGGGGCAGGAAGCAGGCUGCACAGGGCAGUCUCUGCUUCCCUCCGAUAGGAAGGGUUGGGCUGACACUGAGCUAGGGCGGCCAUGCCUCGCUCUGACCUCAGGCCGAUGGGCCCGGUGGACCAGCAGGGGCACGCAGGACAGUCCUGCAGGGCAGGGCAGUAGGGUUUCCAUUGGCAAAACCCUGUGAUCGUCACAGUAGCCCCAGGAGUUGGACCAGCCUAGACCCUUACCCCAUUUUACAGGUGAGGAGACAGAGACUCCAGAGGCUGGCAGGGCCCGGCUAGGACUGCUUUUGCAGAGAAGAGGUUCAAGGCCUCAUCCAAGGGUGUGCAGCUAGCAGGAGGCAGGGUGCGUCAUGAAUUGGCAACUUCUCAUUCUGAGUCCAGGAGCCUCUUCCUGACACCAGCCCUCGGGAAGAGUGGCCUUCCCAGGUCGGUGGUCAAAAUGGUUCCUGCUCGGCCCUGGGGGCGGCCUGAGCUCUGGUCCAUCAGUCUUAAGAGUGGGGACAGCCAUGUGAGCUGCCUUAGCUGGCCUGACUCUAUGGCUCUGGGUGCCCAGGAAGCUCGUAUUCUUGGAUGAAACCCCUCCAAGCCCCUAGACUUGUGAGUUAGCCCAGGACUGCAGCUUGGCAUGGCCUCCUGUGCCUGGCCCGUAACUUCUCAGAGGGACUCCAGGUCCUGUUUAGGCACAAUUUUACAGCCCCCUUGGGUUCAUGAGUUCUCUGGGCCUCAUUUGUCUCCAGGAGACUUGAGCUCUUACUUGUGAAGCACCCAGGUGGCUGCUACCCUCCUACGCCCCCGAUCCCUGGGAGGCGAGGACGGACUCCGAAUGGCCACUCUCACACUCUGGUGGUUGAGGCUGCACUAGGCCUGGGGGGUCUCUGACCCCUGCCCCUCCCAGGCCAGGGUGAAAUGCCUCAGAGCGGGAUCUGUGUCCCAUCUAGCUACCUGGAGAAGCUAGGUGACCCCCUGGGAAGUAUGGGUGUCACUGCCUGUGGGGUGAUUGUGACUAAUAGGAGGCAGGAGAUGAGGGAGCUGGCAGACCACUUCCUCCCCUGGCCCUCUGGGCAGGCUGCUCUAGGGCGGGUCUCUGUGCAGCCUGUUUCUAGGAGCCCCACAUGGCCCAGGGACCCUUAAAUCUCUUGGUGGCUUGGGAAGCAACGACCACGUGUUUACACCCCGACCUUGUGCUUGCUUUCAGUCCUUCCCUUUCCUCUCAUUGUUUCUGCCUGGGGAUUGGAUCUUUCAAUAAAACAUUAGCGUGUAUGUCAGCCUCAGCUUCUGUUUGGUGGGGAAUCUGGGCUAAGUCAAGUCUGCACGCGGCUGCUGCCACCUGGGUUUUCUCAUUCUGCAGACAAUUCUCCACUCCGCUCUUGCUCUGGCACUUUUUAAUUUUUCCCAGCAUUCAUAAACAUUUGUCAGCUUUUCUUCUUCUCUGACUUCCCUGGUGAAAAACAACAGCAGUGAGCCAUGGAAUGGUAGAUUCUCAAAUGGAAACCCUGAGCCUCACCAGCUUCCGUGGAGGGGUUGGAGAUGUCCUGGUGCUUAAGAGAAUGGCUUCUGUUGGAGGACUGUCUGUGUCUGCCUCACAGUAUUGACUGUGUGACUUUGGGGAAGCUACUUAAUCCUUCUGGGUUUUACAGUCGUCUUCUGGAAAAUGCAGAUGUUGACAAUAUUUGCAUCAUAGGAUUAUUGAGCGGAGUAAAUGAAAUAAGAGUAAAUGAGAUGAGAUCAAAGCCAAAUACACAGUAAGUGUGUGAUAAAUGUCAGCUGUCACUUGGAGCUACUCAGUGGAAGUCUACCCUCCUUGACUUAAUUUCUCUUGAAAUAUUUAAUAAUUGUUAACAUUUAUUAUCUUCCAUGUGCCCAUAACUUUGCCCGAGCUCUUUCACUUGACUCUUUGGCAUUUAACAGUGAGGAAACUGAGGGUUAAGGUCCCCUGGAUGGCGAAUGACUUGAGUUGGAAGCUGUACCCAGGUUUGCCCGAUGCAGAAGCCUAUAUUCUUUCCACUCCGUGACACUGAAACAGGUCCUCAUUCUUCCCUUUCUCCCAGGAACACCAGCCCCAUCUUUUCACCAUGGAGAUUCCAGAACUGAGCUUUGAAGUAUAAAGAAAAAGAUCAGAUGUUGGGCCACAGUAGAGGGCUUCCAUCAAAGGCGGGGUUUAGGGGUGAAGCAGGCCAACAGGCAAGCUCCAGGCAGGGGCUGCCAGCAAGCAGGCUUCUCUCAAUGGGGACAACAGUGCCGUAAAGCUGACAGAGUUUGGCUUCAUUUCAAGGUGUGAAAAGAACAGCCUGACUCUGAGAGGCAAGUCCACCGAGCCCAGGACCCCAGGGGAACUGGUUCUCACCAUGCAUGCAAUGCCGCAGCCACUUCCCAAGUCAAGAGGGCAGCUGAAGUCUUGCACUGGGGACAGUUGGAUCAGCUGUGUCUGUCAGACAUCCCCCGAUGACACAGAAUGCCUCUCUCCUCUGAGAGCAGGACAGUGUGUUUAGACAGUCCCUGGUAAAUGUGAGCAGCCACGAGAAAGCCAGCCUUAAGUGGGUCAAAUUAACCUCUUCUAUGGAUGCAGAGUUGAGCUCCAUCAUUCGCUGCCCACCAGAGAAAGAUUGCCAUGGCCUUAAGAAGUGGAAGCAGAACUGUUAAUAUUAUUUUUAAGUUGUUGUAAAAAAGGACUUCUAUCUCCACUUUGAAUAUGUUGUCAUCUUGGGUGAGGCAUGAGGACCAUGCAAGGUGGUGACCACCAUUGUUGGCAUUUUUGGGAGAGCAUUGGCUGGUUCCAUCCACUACUCUGUGGUGACAGGAUGGGAAAAACCAGGGUUUACCAGGCAGGUGUUGGGAUUGAGAUAUACUUUCAUUUUUGAAGCACUUUGCAGUCACUACGUGCUCACCCCUAAUUCUCUUCUAGAUUGAACUUGGCCAUGGUCUCCCCAUGCCUCCCCUGCCUCUUCUCUGAGUCUGAAGGAACAUGCUCUCACUGGCAGAUGUAAGAACAUCUUGUGCUUUAUAUAUAUAUUUAAACCUUACUGGGUUGCUUGUCUAACUCACCCCUCCAGUAGCUUAGUGAGAUUAAUACCUCCUUCUAAACUGUGAUAACCAAGAGACACUUUCCAGGCAGAUGCGAAUGGGGCUUUAAGGGCUGUGAGGCAGGAUGACGAGAUCUUGGGUGAGUUUCAGGUUUUACAAAGAACCUUUUGAUUUCCUUUUUAGAGGAAACGUAGAAGGGCUUUAUCAGCGUAGGUAACACUAUAGAGCUGAGUGAAAUGUAAAUGAAAUUCCCGGUUUUCAUUUUCCUUCUUCAUUUGAUAUUUGUGGGUUUUAGAAGUAGGACCUGCUGGAUUCAUCUGCAGAAAACACCGCGUGGCUGUGGGCUCCUUCCGUUGUUAAGAAGUGUGCCUUGUGCGAAGGGGAAAUGUUCUGAAGGCAGAUCUGGAUGUGAAUUUUGGUUCAGACAUUUAUUAACAGUGGGACCCUAGGCAAGCUAGUUUCUGAGCUUUGAUUUCUUCAUCUGUAAAAGGAGGAUAAUAAAGGAUGCCUCAAAGAGUUGUAAAGAUCAGAAGUAAAAUACAUGCAAAGAAGUAGAGAGGGCUGUUUCAAGUCACUUACUUUUACUUUAACAUACUGCUGGUGGGCCAGGAAAGAGUGAAGACAAAGCCACUGGAUAGUGAGAGGUUAGAGGGUGCUCCACGGAUGUGAGCUGCAUCUGUAUGUUUACAUAGAAGGGAGAGCGAAGGAGCAAAUGUGGGCAACAGCUGUCAGUGACACAUCAUUUCCCCAACAGCCACAAACAAGAUAAGAGCCUUGCAGGGGCCCUUAACUGCUGGGUUCUGAUGGUUCAAAGAGAAAAAGCACAUGAUGACUUUGAAGGAGGCUGCCUGGCUGACCUGAUCGGAUCACCUAGAGACUGGAAAGGCUUUCUAGCAGUGCCUGAGCCUCUACUGAGUGUUCAACACUGGGUGCACUUAUGGAAACCACAGACAAAAGAUGGAAACAGCCUCCACCAGCAUGGGGAUCAGGUGUGGGGCAAACACAGGAGACAAAGCCGUCUGAAGUCACCUGCCCUGUCUGGACAUUCCAUAGACUACCAUUUUUACCCACGACUUCGAUGUGGUACGCCCAUUGGACCAGAUGAGCAAGCAGUGGCGAGUGGAUUGGAGGUCUUGGUAACCAAUCUAACCAAAAUCCUGGGAGAGCUGUUCCCCAAUGCGGCACACUUCCUAGAAGAAGCAAGUGAAUUUAAAGGGGGGAGAACUGUAGGGAAGUUCAUCACCAAAUCUGUGGUUCUUUCCCCAGAUCUUUCUUCAGGGCCAACACAUCCAUCGCUCAGCUGUGAUAGACAGGAGUUGUGGGUGGCUCACCUCUCUCACUGGGAAUUGCCCUCAGCAGUAGGGAACUCAUUCAGGGUUAAGGCAUCUCCUUGAGGAUAGCCCCUGUUCAAUUACUGGCUGACACAGGAAUAUGAAGGCCUGGCCCUUGUCUCAGCUUGGAACAAAUCUGAAGGCCCAUCACAGCUUCAGAGAUCCUUGGAGAAGGCUGAGGUCUCUACUACAACCUUACUGGAGAGUUGUCUUCUCUCUGCCCAACUCCCCUUUCCUUCCUUAAGGUUUCUUUGAGAGCACUUCUUGUAUUA